ACCCGAGGAGCGCCGAGGCUGAGGCGGCGGCGGCAGGGACCCAGCGAGGACGACGACGCGGCGGAGCAGGGACGGGGGCAGGAGAAGGGAAAGGCGGCAGCGUCGCUGCCCCUGCCGCCUAGCACCGCUGCCUGGCCCGGAGGACUGGUUCCCACACCUCGCGGCCGCAGAAUCGAGCCCGGGCCCCGGCCCUCGGCCCGCGCCGCGGGGCUCCUGGGUCCCGCCGCGGACGUCGCGCCGGUCGCCCAUUCCCCGUAGCCCGUGCGUCCCCGGCGCGGAGCCCCGGCCCGCUGCGGUCCCGGCUCCCGGGCCCGGCCCGCCCGCGCCCUCCGCCGGCCCUCAGGUGGAGCCCAGAUUUCAAGUCUUCAGUAAAAUACCUUCAAGCGAAUGGGCCCUAUUGUGCUCACACAUUCAGAACCUGUUACCCAAGGAAUUCCCUAAAGGUACCAUUGAGGUGUUCCUACCAGUUCAUGACUGCAGAGACCUCUGAUGCAGAAUUAGAAGUGUGUCUCACCAACCAGCCAAGAUGAACAUGGUGAAGAGGAUCAUGGGGCGGCCGAGGCAGGAGGAGUGCAGCCCACAAGACAACGCCUUAGGGCUGAUGCACCUCCGCCGGCUCUUCACGGAGUUGUGCCAUCCUCCCCGGCACAUGACUCAGAAGGAACAAGAAGAGAAACUGUAUAUGAUGCUGCCAGUGUUUAAUAGGGUUUUUGGAAAUGCUCCGCCAAAUACAAUGACAGAAAAAUUUUCUGAUCUUCUGCAGUUCACAACACAAGUCUCACGACUAAUGGUGACAGAAAUUCGAAGGAGAGCAUCAAACAAAUCCACAGAAAAACAGUGUGCCCUGCUGUCCCCCAAGGAUUUCAAAGCCACAACACCUUCAGAGGCUGCAAGUCGCGCCAUAGUUCAGUUCCUGGAGAUCAAUCAGAGUGAAGAAGCCAGUAGAGGCUGGAUGCUUCUGACGACAAUUAAUUUGUUAGCUUCCUCUGGUCAGAAAACUGUGGACUGCAUGACAACAAUGUCAGUGCCUUCCACCCUGGUUAAAUGUUUAUAUCUGUUUUUUGACCUUCCACAUGUGCCUGAGGCAGUUGGAGGUGCACAGAAUGAGCUACCUCUAGCAGAACGUCGAGGACUACUCCAGAAAGUUUUUGUACAGAUCUUAGUGAAACUGUGCAGUUUUGUUUCCCCUGCGGAGGAGCUGGCUCAGAAAGAUGAUCUCCAGCUUCUAUUCAGUGCAAUAACCUCUUGGUGCCCUCCCUAUAACCUGCCUUGGAGAAAGAGUGCUGGAGAAGUCCUCAUGACCAUAUCUCGUCAUGGUCUUAGUGUCAAUGUAGUGAAGUAUAUUCAUGAGAAAGAGUGUUUAUCUACAUGUGUUCAGAAUAUGCAGCAAUCAGAUGACCUGUCUCCCCUAGAAAUUGUUGAAAUGUUUGCUGGGCUUUCUUGUUUCCUCAAAGAUUCCAGUGAUGUUUCCCAAACACUUCUGGAUGAUUUUCGGAUAUGGCAAGGAUAUAAUUUUCUUUGUGAUCUCUUGCUUAGAUUGGAGCAAGCAAAAGAGGCAGAAUCCAAAGAUGCCUUGAAAGAUCUUGUUAAUCUGAUAACUUCCCUAACAACAUAUGGUGUCAAUGAACUAAAACCAGCUGGUAUUACCACAGGGGCACCAUUUUUAUUGCCUGGAUUUGCAGUACCUCAGCCUGCAGGCAAAGGUCACAGUGUGAGAAACAUCCAGGCCUUUGCAGUUCUUCAGAAUGCAUUUUUAAAAGCAAAAACCAGUUUCCUUGCCCAAAUCAUCCUUGAUGCUAUCACAAAUAUCUACAUGGCUGACAAUGCCAAUUACUUCAUCCUAGAGUCACAGCACACAUUGUCACAGUUUGCAGAGAAGAUUUCUAAACUCCCAGAAGUACAAAACAAGUACUUUGAGAUGCUGGAGUUUGUUGUUUUUAGCUUAAAUUAUAUUCCUUGUAAAGAACUUAUUAGUGUCAGUAUCCUCUUAAAAUCUAGCUCUUCUUAUCACUGUAGCAUUAUUGCAAUGAAAACACUUCUUAAGUUUACAAGACAUGACUACAUAUUUAAAGAUGUGUUCAGGGAGGUUGGCCUUUUGGAGGUCAUGGUAAACCUUUUGCAUAAAUAUGCUGCCCUGUUGAAGGAUCCAACUCAGGCACAAAAUGAGCAAGGGGACUCAAGAAAUAAUAGUUCAGUUGAAGACCAAAAACACCUGGCUUUAUUGGUUAUGGAGACCUUGACAGUGCUUCUUCAAGGAUCAAACACAAAUGCAGGAAUUUUUCGAGAAUUUGGAGGUGCAAGAUGUGCACAUAAUAUAGUAAAGUACCCUCAAUGCCGGCAGCAUGCCCUGAUGACUAUCCAGCAGCUGGUGCUCUCUCCAAAUGGGGACGAUGACAUGGGCACUCUCCUGGGGCUAAUGCAUUCAGCCCCACCGACGGAAUUGCAGUUGAAGACUGAUAUUUUAAGGGCCCUCCUGUCAGUCCUUCGAGAGAGCCAUCGUUCAAGAACAGUUUUUAGGAAAGUUGGAGGAUUUGUGUACAUUACAUCCUUGCUCGUUGCUAUGGAAAGAUCUUUGAGCUGUCCACCCAAGAAUGGCUGGGAGAAAGUGAACCAGAAUCAAGUGUUUGAACUUCUUCACACUGUGUUCUGCACGUUGACUGCAGCAAUGCGCUAUGAGCCAGCCAACUCUCAUUUCUUCAAAACAGAGAUUCAGUAUGAGAAGUUGGCAGAUGCUGUUCGAUUUCUUGGCUGCUUCUCAGACCUAAGAAAAAUAAGCGCCAUGAAUGUCUUCCCCUCAAAUACACAGCCAUUUCAAAGACUUUUAGAGGAAGAUGUAGUCUCAAUAGAAUCAGUGUCACCCACGUUACGGCACUGCAGUAAACUUUUUAUUUAUCUUUACAAAGUAGCCACAGAUUCUUUUGACAGGCAUGUAUAUCAUUCUGUUUCAACUCCCCCUGUUUACCAUCCUAAAAAUGUUGCUGACCUGAAACUACAUGUGGCAACUUCAUCUCUCCAGACUUCUGAUGCAGUCAUCAUUCAUCCUGGAGCCAUGCUUGCCAUGCUGGACCUACUGGCCUCCGUUGGGUCAGUGACACAGCCAGAACAUGCUUUGGAUCUUCAACUUGCCGUGGCAAAUAUUUUACAAUCCCUGGUGCACACAGAAAGGAACCAGCAAGUCAUGUGUGAAGCUGGUCUUCAUGCACGACUGCUGCAGAGGUGUAGUGCUGCACUGGCUGAUGAGGACCACUCACUGCACCCGCCCCUGCAGCGCAUGUUUGAACGAUUAGCCUCUCAGGCCCUGGAACCCAUGGUGUUGAGGGAGUUUUUACGUUUGGCAAGUCCUUUAAAUUGUGGUGCCUGGGACAAAAAACUGCUAAAACAAUAUAGGGUCCACAAACCAAGUUCACUGAGUUAUGAACCAGAGAUGAGAAGUAGUAUGAUCACAUCUCUGGAAGGUCUGGGUACUGAUAAUGUUUUUAGCUUACAUGAAGAUAACCAUUACCGGAUAAGCAAGAGCCUGGUAAAAUCUGCAGAAGGAAGUACUGUACCCCUGACCAGGGUAAAGUGUCUGGUCUCCAUGACAACCCCACAUGACAUCAGACUUCAUGGGUCAUCAGUUACUCCAGCUUUUGUUGAAUUUGAUACAUCGCUUGAAGGGUUUGGCUGUCUGUUUCUGCCCACUUUGGCCCCUCAUAAUGCUCCUACAACUAAUACCGUCACGACAGGUCUUAUUGAUGGAGCUGUGGUCAGUGGCAUUGGUUCUGGUGAAAGAUUCUUUCCUCCUCCCUCUGGCUUAAGUUACUCUAGCUGGUUUUGUAUUGAACAUUUUAGUUCUCCUCCAAAUAACCACCCUGUCAGACUUCUUACUGUUGUACGCAGAGCAAAUUCUUCCGAGCAGCAUUACGUGUGCCUUGCCAUAGUUCUAUCAGCAAAAGACCGAUCUCUUAUUGUUUCCACCAAAGAGGAACUCCUCCAAAAUUAUGUUGAUGAUUUUAGUGAAGAGUCUUCAUUUUAUGAAAUUCUCCCAUGCUGUGCUCGCUUUCGAUGUGGAGAGCUUAUAAUUGAGGGACAGUGGCAUCAUUUGGUCUUGGUAAUGAGCAAAGGCAUGUUGAAAAACAGUACUGCAGCCCUCUAUAUUGAUGGACAGCUUGUUAACACUGUAAAGCUUCAUUAUGUUCACAGUACUCCAGGGGGUUCAGGUUCAGCAAAUCCACCAGUGGUGAGCACGGUCUAUGCCUACAUUGGUACUCCACCUGCCCAACGCCAAAUUGCUUCAUUGGUUUGGCGCCUGGGACCCACACAUUUUCUAGAAGAAGUUUUACCUUCUUCAAAUGUUACUACCAUUUAUGAACUUGGACCAAAUUACGUUGGAAGCUUUCAGGCUGUAUGUAUGCCAUGUAAAGAUGCAAAAUCCGAAGGGGUAGUGCCAUCCCCUGUGUCAUUAGUACCAGAGGAGAAGGUGUCGUUUGGCCUCUAUGCACUCUCUGUGUCUUCUCUAACAGUGGCAAGAAUCCGGAAAGUGUAUAACAAAUUGGAUAGCAAAGCCAUUGCUAAGCAGUUAGGCAUUUCCUCACAUGAGAAUGCCACUCCUGUGAAGCUGAUACACAAUUCAGCAGGACAUCUAAAUGGAUCUGCACGGACAAUUGGGGCUGCUCUGAUUGGAUACUUGGGAGUAAGAACAUUUGUCCCUAAGCCUGUUGCCACUACUUUGCAGUACAUUGGUGGAGCUGCAGCCAUCCUGGGCCUGGUGGCCAUGGCCUCUGAUGUGGAAGGGUUAUAUGCAGCAGUCAAGGCCCUGGUUUGUGUGGUCAAGAGUAACCCACUAGCCAGCAAAGAAAUGGAAAGAAUCAAGGGCUACCAGUUGCUGGCAAUGUUGCUUAAGAAGAAACGUUCCCUUCUUAACAGCCACAUCCUCCAUCUAACUUUUUCUUUGGUGGGAACUGUUGAUAGUGGACAUGAGACCUCCAUUAUUCCAAAUUCGACUGCUUUCCAGGACCUCCUUUGUGAUUUUGAAGUCUGGCUCCAUGCACCAUAUGAACUUCAUCUUUCCUUAUUUGAACACUUUAUUGAACUGCUCACAGAGUCCAGUGAAGCUUCAAAGAAUGCCAAAUUAAUGAGAGAAUUCCAGUUAAUCCCAAAGCUGCUCCUGACUCUUCGAGACAUGUCUUUAUCCCAGCCUACUAUUGCUGCUAUUAGUAAUGUGCUGAGCUUCUUACUGCAAGGUUUUCCCAACAGCAAUGAUCUGCUCAGAUUUGGCCAGUUUAUUUCUUCUACUUUGCCAACCUUUGCAGUUUGUGAGAAAUUUGUAGUAAUGGAAAUAAAUAAUGAAGAGAAGCUUGACACUGGAACUGAAGAGGAGUUUGGAGGUCUUGUAUCUGCUAAUCUUAUACUUUUGAGGAAUAGACUUCUGGAUAUCUUGCUAAAACUAAUUUAUACAUCUAAAGAAAAGACAAGCAUUAAUUUGCAAGCUUGUGAAGAACUGGUGAAGACACUGGGUUUUGACUGGAUCAUGAUGUUUAUGGAGGAACACUUACAUUCCACCACAGUUACAGCAGCCAUGAGGAUUCUUGUUGUCCUACUAAGUAAUCAGUCUAUUCUUAUCAAGUUUAAAGAAGGACUCAGUGGUGGAGGAUGGCUUGAACAGACAGAUUCUGUCCUAACUAAUAAGAUUGGAACUGUAUUAGGAUUCAAUGUGGGCAGAAGUGCUGGUGGGAGAUCGACAGUCAGGGAGAUUAACCGAGAUGCUUGUCAUUUUCCUGGUUUUCCAGUCCUUCAGUCAUUCCUUCCUAAACACACUAAUGUCCCUGCCCUCUAUUUUCUCCUCAUGGCAUUGUUUCUGCAGCAGCCAGUUAGUGAGCUGCCUGAGAACCUGCAGGUCAGUGUGCCUGUCAUCAGCUGCCGGAGUAAGCAGGGUUGCCAGUUUGACUUGGAUUCCAUCUGGACAUUUAUCUUCGGAGUUCCUGCCUCGAGCGGAACUGUGGUCUCUUCUAUCCAUAACGUGUGCACAGAAGCUGUUUUUUUAUUAUUGGGAAUGCUCCGCAGCAUGCUGAAUUCACCUUGGCAAUCAGAAGAAGAGGGAUCUUGGCUCCGAGAAUAUCCUGUGACCCUAAUGCAGUUCUUCAGAUAUUUGUAUCACAAUGUCCCAGACCUUGCCUCCAUGUGGAUGAGCCCUGACUUCCUGUGUGCAUUAGCAGCCACGGUCUUCCCCUUCAAUAUUCGCCCUUACUCAGAGAUGGUGACUGACCUUGAUGAUGAAGUUGGAUCUCCAGCAGAAGAGUUUAAAGCAUUUGCAGCAGACACAGGGAUGAACAGGAGCCAAUCAGAGUACUGCAAUGUGGGCACCAAGACAUAUCUGACCAAUCACCCGGCUAAAAAGUUCGUUUUUGACUUCAUGCGAGUCUUAAUCAUAGACAACCUCUGUCUCACCCCUGCCAGCAAGCAAACUCCACUAAUUGAUCUUUUGUUGGAGGCUUCCCCUGAAAGGUCUACAAGAACUCAGCAAAAAGAAUUUCAAACUUACAUUUUGGAUAGUGUGAUGGACCAUUUGCUUGCAGCUGAUGUGUUAUUAGGGGAAGACGCAUCUCUGCCUAUUACCAGUGGAGGAAGCUACCAGGUAUUGGUGAACAAUGUGUUUUAUUUCACACAGCGUGUGGUGGACAAGCUUUGGCAAGGCAUGUUCAACAAAGAAUCUAAACUUCUUAUAGAUUUUAUAAUUCAACUAAUUGCACAGUCAAAGAGAAGAUCACAGGGAUUGUCACUGGAUGCAGUGUAUCACUGCCUCAAUAGGACCAUCUUGUACCAGUUCUCACGGGCACACAAAACUGUUCCUCAGCAAGUAGCUCUGCUUGAUUCACUCAGGGUCCUCACUGUAAACAGAAACUUGAUCCUGGGACCUGGGAACCAUGACCAAGAAUUCAUUAGCUGUCUGGCCCACUGCUUGAUCAAUCUACAUGCUGGAAGCAAUGUGGAUGGAUUCGGACUGGAAGCAGAAGCCCGCAUGACCACAUGGCACAUUAUGAUCCCCUCUGACAUUGAACCAGAUGGUAGUUACAGCCAAGAUAUUAGUGAAGGGCGUCAGCUUCUCAUAAAAGCUGUCAACAGAGUUUGGACUGAACUGAUACAUAGUAAGAAACUAGUCUUAGAGGAGCUUUUCAAAGUAACUCUGCCUGUGAAUGAAAGGGGCCACGUGGACAUAGCUACAGCAAGGCCACUCAUUGAGGAAGCUGCCCUGAAGUGCUGGCAGAAUCAUUUGGCCCAUGAAAAGAAAUGCAUAAGUCGAGGAGAAGCUUUAGUGCCCACCACACAGUCCAAAUUAUCCCGUGUCAGCAGUGGCUUUGGUCUUUCCAAGUUAACAGGAUCAAGAAGGAAUCGAAAAGAAAGUGGUCUUAGUAAACACAGUCUUUCCACCCAGGAGAUUUCACAGUGGAUGUUUACUCACAUUGCUGUUGUUCGCGACUUAGUAGAUACACAAUAUAAAGAAUAUCAGGAGCGUCAGCAGAAUGCCCUGAAGUACGUGACGGAAGAGUGGUGCCAGAUCGAGUGCGAGCUGUUGCGGGAGCGGGGGCUGUGGGGCCCUCCCAUCGGCUCCCACCUCGACAAGUGGAUGCUGGAGAUGACAGAAGGGCCCUGCAGGAUGAGGAAAAAGAUGGUGCGAAACGAUAUGUUUUAUAACCAUUACCCUUACGUGCCAGAAACUGAACAAGAGACAAAUGUGGCGUCUGAGAUCCCAAGUAAACAGCCUGAGACACCCGAUGAUAUUCCUCAAAAGAAACCUGCUCGAUACAGAAGAGCCGUGAGUUAUGACAGUAAAGAGUACUACAUGCGACUGGCCUCUGGCAAUCCCGCCAUUGUCCAAGACACCAUUGUGGAGAGUUCAGAAGGCGAAGCUGCUCAGCAAGAACCAGAGCAUGGGGAAGACACUAUUGCUAAAGUCAGAGGUUUGGUCAAGCCUCCUCUAAAACGCUCCCGAUCUGCACCUGAUGGAGGAGAUGAGGAGAACCAGGAACAGCUACAAGACCAGAUUGCGGAGGGCAGCUCCAUAGAAGAGGAGGAGAAAACAGAUAAUGCUACCUUACUGCGUCUGUUAGAGGAAGGAGAAAAGAUCCAACACAUGUACCGUUGUGCUCGAGUCCAGGGCCUAGAUACCAGUGAGGGGCUCCUUCUUUUUGGUAAAGAGCAUUUUUAUGUGAUUGAUGGAUUUACCAUGACAGCAACAAGGGAAAUAAGAGAUAUUGAAACCUUACCUCCUAAUAUGCAUGAGCCAAUUAUCCCUAGAGGAGCCAGGCAAGGCCCUAGUCAACUUAAGAGAACAUGCAGCAUUUUUGCAUAUGAAGAUAUCAAGGAAGUUCAUAAAAGGAGAUACCUCCUGCAGCCUAUUGCUGUGGAAGUUUUCUCUGGAGAUGGACGGAAUUACCUCCUUGCUUUUCAGAAAGGAAUUAGAAACAAAGUCUAUCAAAGGUUUUUGGCUGUAGUGCCAUCUCUAACGGACAGUUCAGAAUCUGUAUCUGGGCAACGACCAAACACGAGUGUGGAGCAGGGAUCUGGGUUGCUUAGCACUUUGGUUGGAGAGAAGUCUGUGACUCAGAGAUGGGAGAGAGGUGAAAUCAGCAACUUCCAAUAUUUGAUGCAUUUGAACACUUUGGCUGGCAGAUCAUAUAAUGAUCUCAUGCAGUAUCCUGUCUUCCCCUGGAUCCUUGCAGAUUACGACUCAGAGGAGGUGGAUCUUACUAAUCCCAAGACGUUUAGAAACCUGGCUAAGCCAAUGGGAGCACAAACAGAUGAACGAUUAGCUCAGUAUAAGAAGCGAUAUAAAGACUGGGAGGAUCCUAAUGGAGAAACUCCCGCAUACCACUAUGGGACCCACUAUUCAUCUGCAAUGAUUGUGGCCUCAUACCUUGUGAGGAUGGAGCCUUUCACACAGAUAUUCUUAAGGCUACAGGGUGGCCACUUUGACCUGGCUGACCGGAUGUUUCACAGUGUGCGCGAGGCCUGGUAUUCAGCAUCAAAGCACAACAUGGCAGAUGUAAAAGAACUUAUUCCAGAGUUCUUUUAUUUACCAGAAUUCCUAUUCAAUUCCAACAACUUCGAUCUAGGCUGUAAACAAAAUGGCACCAAGCUUGGAGAUGUUAUCCUUCCACCCUGGGCAAAAGGGGACCCACGAGAAUUCAUCAGAGUCCAUCGUGAGGCUUUGGAGUGUGAUUAUGUGAGUGCCCAUCUACAUGAGUGGAUUGACUUAAUCUUCGGGUAUAAACAGCAAGGCCCUGCUGCAGUAGAAGCUGUAAAUGUCUUCCAUCAUCUUUUUUAUGAGGGUCAAGUGGAUAUCUACAACAUCAAUGACCCACUAAAGGAGACAGCCACAAUUGGGUUCAUUAAUAACUUCGGUCAGAUCCCUAAACAGUUAUUUAAAAAACCUCAUCCACCAAAGCGAGUGAGAAGUCGACUCAAUGGAGACAAUGCAGGAAUCUCUGUCCUACCAGGAUCUACAAGUGACAAGAUCUUUUUUCAUCAUCUAGACAACUUGAGGCCUUCUCUAACACCUGUAAAAGAACUCAAAGAACCUGUGGGACAAAUUGUAUGUACAGAUAAAGGUAUUCUUGCCGUGGAACAGAAUAAGGUUCUUAUCCCACCAACCUGGAAUAAAAGUUUUGCUUGGGGAUAUGCAGACCUCAGUUGCAGACUGGGAACCUAUGAGUCAGACAAGGCUGUGACUGUUUAUGAAUGCUUGUCUGAGUGGGGCCAGAUUCUCUGUGCAAUCUGCCCCAACCCCAAGCUGGUCAUCACGGGUGGAACAAGCACGGUUGUGUGUGUGUGGGAGAUGGGCACCUCCAAAGAAAAGGCCAAGACCCUCACCCUCAAACAGGCCUUACUGGGCCACACUGAUACCGUCACCUGCGCCACAGCAUCAUUAGCCUAUCACAUAAUUGUCAGUGGGUCCCGGGAUCGAACCUGUAUCAUUUGGGAUUUGAACAAACUGUCAUUUCUAACCCAGCUUCGCGGGCAUCGAGCUCCAGUUUCUGCUCUUUGUAUCAAUGAAUUAACAGGGGACAUUGUGUCCUGCGCUGGCACAUAUAUCCAUGUGUGGAGCAUCAAUGGGAACCCUAUCGUGAGUGUCAACACAUUCACAGGUAGGAGCCAGCAGAUCAUCUGCUGCUGCGUGUCGGAGAUGAACGAAUGGGACACACAGAACGUCAUAGUGACAGGACACUCAGAUGGAGUGGUUCGGUUUUGGAGGAUGGAAUUUUUGCAAGUUCCUGAAACACCAGCUCCUGAGCCUGCUGAAGUCCUAGAAAUGCAGGAAGACUGUCCAGAAGCACAAAUAGGGCAGGAAGGCCAAGACGAGGACAGCAGUGAUUCAGAAGCAGAUGAGCAGAGCGUCAGCCAGGAUCCUAAGGACACUCCAAGCCAACCCAGCAGCACCAGCCACAGACCCCGAACAGCCUCCUGCCGCGCAGCAGCCGCCUGGUGUACUGACAGUGGCUCUGAUGACUCCAGACGCUGGUCCGACCAGCUUAGUCUAGAUGAGAAAGACGGCUUCAUAUUUGUGAACUAUUCAGAGGGCCAGACCAGAGCCCACCUGCAGGGCCCCCUUAGCCACCCCCACCCCAAUCCCAUCGAGGUGCGGAAUUACAGCAGAUUGAAACCUGGGUACCGAUGGGAACGGCAACUGGUGUUCAGGAGUAAGCUGACUAUGCACACAGCCUUUGAUCGAAAGGACAAUGCACACCCAGCUGAGGUCACUGCCUUGGGCAUCUCCAAGGAUCACAGUAGGAUCCUCGUUGGUGACAGUCGAGGCCGAGUUUUCAGCUGGUCUGUGAGUGACCAGCCAGGCCGUUCUGCUGCUGAUCACUGGGUGAAGGAUGAAGGCGGUGACAGCUGCUCGGGCUGCUCGGUGAGGUUUUCACUCACAGAAAGACGACACCAUUGCAGGAACUGUGGUCAGCUCUUCUGCCAGAAGUGCAGUCGAUUUCAAUCUGAAAUCAAACGCUUGAAAAUCUCAUCCCCGGUGCGUGUUUGUCAGAACUGUUAUUAUAACUUACAGCAUGAGAGAGGUUCAGAAGAUGGGCCUCGAAAUUGUUGAAGAUUCAACAAGCUGAGUGGAGACCACGGUCUGUAGACCCCUUCCCGAUUCUCCUGUCCCAGCUUGGAAGGCAUUGAAAACAGUCUCCGUUUACACAUCUCUUCAUACCACGUGUUUGAAGUGUUAAAAUUCAAAGGGAUCAUUGAAUAAAACGGGUGUAGAGUACAGGAAUGGGGCAGACGUGAUUCAGGUGAACAGCACAAGAAGAAUGUGAGGUGGUUCCUAGAAGCAACACUUUCCAUCUCCAAUUCUCCCUGAUGACAGUAGCUGUCUCCAAGAGAAAUAUCCUCACUUAUUAACUCUCUUUUCUUGCAUCUCAUUUUUAUAGAGCUACUCAUCCUUAUUUGGAAAAACCAACAACAAAAAAGGCUUUUAGAAAAUGGUUGUAAAUCUGACUUCUUUGCAAGUAACUGUAUAUUGUAAAUAGGUAUAAAAGGCCUUUUUUCUAAAUAAGGACUUAACUGCCUGUAACAUGAAACUUCAAACUAAACCACUAACUCAAUGAACUACUUAUGGUUUGUCUGACAUCCCUCACUUACCAAUUAAUUAUAAAUAUGUUUUUUUAAAUCCCCAAAGACAUUAUCUGUGGUCUUUUUUUCCUUUCAAGCUCAGCCUGUGUGCCUGAUGUCAUUUCUUUCAAGUUGCCCACAGUAUCUCCACUUAAACUAGGCUAGUAACCAAAAUAAUGUGGACCUUCUUUAGGAAACAGCGUGGGAGAAUAGGAGUCCAGCCAUAAGAUAAACUGGAAAUAUUUGGGUGUCUUGUACCUGGCUAUGCACCACCUCAGUGUUGUUCCUACAUAAACAAGGCCCCUUUUAAACUUGUAUGUGGACUGCUGUUUGGUCAAAGAAUACCUUCUUAGCAUUGCAGAAAGGUGGUCAGAUGACCAAUGCAGUGCAGGAAACAGCCCUGUCUCAACUAAUGGAAAUAUAUUUGCAUGUAACCCAAAAUUAGCUUAUCUUGCAUAGAACAUAAUAAGUAUGUGUCUUUCGUGACACGGAUGUUCUACUAUAGCAUUUUCAAAAAAGGGGUAAAAAAAGGAAAGAAAAAAGUGUACAGAAUUCACAUAUAAACUUUGUUGUAAAACUGAAUCAUGUCAGAACUGCUUAAAAUUAACCUUUACCAUUUAAUGUCAUCUACCUGAAAACAGUGAGAUUUAUACUGUAUCAAUGUCUAUUUUUUUGUUUUUGCUAUGAAUAUAAUUACAGUAUUUUAAUAUUUAGUUAUUUAAUUUGUUCUACUAGUUGGAUACAGAACACACAAAUCCAGGGGGAUUAAAGCUGGAAGGGGCUAAGAGAUUAGUUUACAGAGAAAAGGCUUGGUGGUGGGAUUUUUUUAAAUGUGUGUUAUGUACAUAUAUAUAUAAUAUAUAUUAAAAAAUGAAACAGUUAAUCUAGAUUUUAACAUUUUCAGAAACUUAGUGAUAAUAUUAUGAACAAUUCUAAAAGCCCUGUGAUUUGAAAAAUGUAGAAUCAUUAAUGGCCCAAGAUAGGCCUUCGCACCCUCACAGGUGUGAAAGGAAAGGCCUUCACACCCUCACAGAGGCGUCAUGGAAAGGACAGUGGCUUUGGCUUUUCCAACUUUCCGUCUUUAGGCCCUGGUGAGAGGCACACUUAUGCACUAAAAUGCACAUAUAUGCACAUGCAUUCAAAAAUAGGCAUUUGGUACAAUGGUGAUCUUGUACCUGAUGGGCUGAAACCAGCUUAAGAACAAACUUGUUCUUCCUGAUACGAUAACUAGGUCUCCAAGAGAAAAUAUAAAGGCUGCUUUAGUGCCUUACGCUUACUAAAUUUAAAUCUUUAUUUACCUGGGUUUGAGCCUACAGUCUAUUUAUGAUUACAUAUCAAAAUUGAUUAAAACACUUCCAUUUCUAAAAGUUCAAAUAUACUUGUUAAUAAAAGGAUUAUCGGCAUUAAUACUUUAACUUAAAGAAAAGUUGUGUUCUGUUUUCCUUUCUGUGUCUUACUCCCCCGACACUGUCCCUCCCCCAUCACCAUCUUCAAUUCUAAUAAAUAAUGCUGAUGUUCAACAGUUGCAGAAAUUGUGCUAUCACGUAACUGUGGGCCUUGCCCCUGUCUGGCCCUCUAGAUGAGUUGUAGCAGUGUUAUUCUACACUUUUUAAAAGAAGCGUCCUCCUUUUGUCCAUGAAUCAUGUUUACCCCAUACCCAGUGGCAGAGGUGUUCUUUAAAGACUUGAAUAUAUGAAUGUGUGUGUGUUGUUACUUAAAGGUUAUUCCUCUUUGUAAUAGGAAACUAUAUGAGAUGAACACUUUUAAACUUUCCGACACAACUUUCAUUACUAACUUUCUGACACGACUUCCAUAACUAGAAGGUGGAAACCAAAACCCUCAUGGUAGUAUUUCCUCUGGCAGCUGGUGCUGUGGGCAACUGUUUUGUUCAAUCGGGUUUCUUUUCUUUUUGCUUCUAAUGCAGAAAUCAACAGAAUCACUCACACAUACAAGUACACUCACAUACAUAAACUAAUUAUUUCUCUGGAUAUCGUUCUGUGUUCCAUGUAAAUUUAUUUACCAACAUCUAUUGUCAACAUGUACAUCUACCUUAGUGUGGUCUGCAUUCUUUCUCUGAGAGUACCUCACAGGGCUCCUGCCUGAUCUCCAUAGUUUGUUCAUUGAUCCAUCCACCUGUUCAUUUGUUCAUCCAUGUAUUCUAACAUUUGUGUGUAGUGUGCAACUGUAAUGUCAUGCUUUUGAAGAAGAGAAUAGCUGCCCAUAGCAGCCAUCCGUCUGGAUAAUAGCAAAACACUCUAGAUAAGUUAUUUUGCACUUUCUUAUGUAUAAAGUUGGUAGAAACUUAUUUUUGCUUUGUAUCAUUUAAAUACAUUUUGUUUUGGUAAAUGAACUGUAUAAAAUAUUUAUGCCGUUAAAACUGUUUUUAGAAAGUAUUUUUAAUUUCAGCAAGUUUGGUUACUUGUUGCAUGACUAUUAACACAGCUGACUUUUUGUGUCAGUGCAAUGUAUAUUUUUUGUCCUGUUAUUAACUUGUAAGCCCUAGUAAUGGCCAAUUAUUUGUACAGCAACAGAAGUAAAUUGAAGAUACUGGCUAAGACUGGA